CCCGCGGUGAGGGGAAGGGGGCGGCGGCUCCGCGGGGAGGAAGUACAGCAGGAGAAGGAAGCCGAGGCGGCGGCCGGGCACGGGCUGCCGGGCGCACGCUGAGUCCUCGAGCGGAGAGAGAGCGGCGGUGCGAGCGAGGCCCCGGCCCGCGUGCAAGGACCAGCCGCUGCCCGGUGCCUGGGCCCGUGCUGCGGCUGAGGAACCGCCCCCUGCGCGCCGGGACGAGCGGCGUGUGAGCGCCUCGGCCUCGGCCCCGGCCCGCCCGAGCGUGCGGAGCCGCCGCCCCUGCGGCCCGGCCCCGGCCGCGUGUGAGGGAGGCCAGCAGGCAGGCCAGCGGCCCCCGUCCCGGCCCCGCCAUGAGCCACAUCGAGAUCCCGCCCGGGCUCACGGAGCUCCUGCAGGGCUACACGGUGGAGGUGCUGAGGAACCACCCCGCUGACCUGGUGGACUUCGCCGUGGACUAUUUCACCCGCCUCAGGGACAGCCGCCAUCCUACCUUAGACGGCGACAAGAAAGACAUCGAGGACGAGGAAGAGGAAGACUUUGAACCACCAAUUAUGAACAGAUACUGCAGAAGAGUAUCAGUAUGUGCUGAAUCUUUCAAUCCAGAUGACGAAGAUGAUGCAGAGCCAAAGGUGGUUCAUCCCAAGUCUGACGAACAAAGAUCCAGACUUCAGGAAGCUUGCAAAGAUAUCCUUCUCUUCAAAAAUCUUGAUCAGGAGCAGUUGUCUGAGGUUCUUGAUGCCAUGUUUGAGAGGACUGUGGUGUCUGAAGAACAUGUCAUUGACCAAGGGGAUGAUGGUGAUAACUUCUAUGUCAUCGAACGAGGCUCAUAUGACAUUCUGGUAACAAAAGAGAAUCAAAGUAACCGUGUUGGCCAAUAUGAUAAUCGUGGCAGUUUUGGAGAACUUGCCUUGAUGUACAACACUCCCAGAGCUGCUACCAUAAUUGCUACAACAGAAGGUUCAUUAUGGGGUCUGGACCGAAUAACAUUCAGAAGAAUCAUAUUGAAAAACAAUGCAAAGAAGAGGAAAAUGUUUGAAUCAUUUAUUGAAUCUGUGCCUCUGCUGAAAUCCCUAGAGGUUUCAGAGAGAAUGAAGAUUGUGGAUGUAAUAGGUGAGAAGAACUAUAAAGAUGGAGAACGAAUUAUUGCUCAGGGUGAGAAAGCAGAGAGCUUUUAUAUUGUGGAGUCGGGAGAAGUGAAAAUCCUGAUUAAAAGCAAGACAAACAAGGACACAGAGGAUGAAGUGGAAAUUGCCCGGUGUCAAAAAGGACAGUAUUUUGGAGAGCUUGCUCUUGUUACCAACAAACCCAGAGCAGCUUCUGCUUAUGCAGUUGGAGAUGUCAAAUGCUUAGUUAUGGAUGUCCAGGCAUUUGAGAGGUUGCUCGGACCCUGCAUGGACAUUAUGAAGAGGAAUAUUUCUAAUUAUGAAGAGCAGCUGGUGAAAAUGUUUGGUUCAAGUGUGGACCUGAAUGACCCAGGAAUUUAGGCACAGCAUCUCCCUUCUCCCCCGUGCCUUCUCAGCUUGACACAGAAACUCCUGUCAACACCACAACACAGAAGGAAAACAGACACUACAGAACAGUUCCUGCCAUUGCUGCUGCUGCUGUCGUCUUGGGCAUUUUAGAAAACAUGUCUCAGCCUGUUUGGAUGGGUAGAGGCUGAAUCUAUGCCUCCACUUUGCUGCUGAAAUUCCAUUUCUUAGACUUAAUUUCAUAAUGUUUCUAACCCAUUUUUCACACUUUGGUUCAGAAUGGCAUGUGUCUCUCCAGCGAUUUAAGUGCCUGAUACAAAGUCCAAAGUGUAAAAUCUUCUCUUUUUUUUCCUCUCUUGUUGCUGCUACUGCUAUUGGCUGGUUUGUUUUUUUUUUUUUUGUUUUGUUUUUUAACAAAGCUGCAGAAACUGGUUCUGUCCCCAUCUUCCCAGGGAGAAAAGAUUUACAGCCUCUGAUCUCUUCCUUUGUCUUUACCUCUGAGAAUGUCAAAAAUAUGCUCUGAAUUGUAGCAUUUAGAUUUGAAAUUUAAAAUUACCUGGAUAUUUUUGAGUAACUCUCUUUAGAACAUUACGAAACUGUGAUGUUUGUGCUAUCUACUGAAAGGUACACAUGUUACAGGUGAUCCCAAGGCAUUUGGAUAUUCUUUGAAGAGAGUACAGUGCUGAAACAUAGGUCAUUCAUCAAUAAACCCUGUCUUAAAGGAAGAGAAAAGGGAGGAUCUGAGAUUUUUUCAGCCUCCUGUGGAUGACAGAGAGCCAAUUAAAAAUAAAUGUGUCUCUAUACAGUUAGUAUGACUAAAUUGUCAUCCAUUAGAACAAGGGCUUUAACUUCUUAAAAAACUUCUCUAUUAAGCUGCUGUCACCUUUUUCUUUCCAGUUUUCCACAUCAGCAGGUGACAGUAAUAUUGCUGAGAAGUUGACCUGUUCCUCUAUAGGAGAGCCCUUUCUGUUGUUCAGAGAUAUCUGCUAGUUUUGCUGUUGAAUGAUCAGUUUUAAAACUCUUUUUAAAGAGGAAAAAGUUAUUUUUUUGUAACUUAAAAGUAAAAAAUACUUCUGGACUCAAGGGAGUUGCCCUCAAUUGUAUUCUUUUACAAUGUUCUCUCACUCAACUAGACAUUCCCAGAUGUCAACUGUAUUUGUUAGUUUUCAAAAAGUUGGGAACAUUUACUAUUUCAAGGAAUUUUUUUUAAAAAAGGCUUUGUAAUUGGGGAGUUCAGGAUAUUUGGUGUUCUAUUUUUCUUAUUUGGGAAGUAAUUUAGUUUGUGUUUGACUAGAACACCUCUUUAACCUUUAAUAUAAAGUGUAGUUUUGAGCUCUCUUGAUGGCUUGACAUGCUUUGCAAUAAGAUUUUUUCCGUCGGAGUGAUUGAGAAUCUGUCCUAAGGGAAUCACAGAAGCAGCACAAAAAUUGCAUAAAGAUUAUUAAAUUUAUAGCAAGGUAAUAGUAGAUCUAGAGGCUCUUCCCAUUUUCCAUUUUCUUUUGAGUUGUAUGACUCACUGGGACCUGCCCAAGUGAUUACGUAUCUGGGGUUGUAUAAUUCUCAUUGUGGAUGAUGAUGGUAAUAGAACUGACCUAAUUAUUUACCUUUCAUCACCAGGUGAGCUAGUGCUCUGCCAUGGGCAUGUGACCAGUAUGGCUAACACCUGUGAAAAGCAUGACAGCAUGUAGUUAGACACACACACACACACACACACACGAUGAACUUUCAGCCAGCAGCAAUCCUUAUUCAUUCACCUUAAGGGUUUUUUUUGGUUUAUUUGUUUGUUUUGGCUACAUGAAUUGGAAGCAGAUUGAAUCCUUUUUACGGGCACUGUGUUAGCUCACAGUCUAGAUCUCAGAACUGUGAUCCGAUUUAUGAUUCAUGCUGGUGAAACACGGAUAUAGCAUUGUUCAAAACCGUUUCAUGUUUUGAUGUUUUUCUGACUCCAUUCUUUUCUGCAGUGUCUGUUUUGUAUCAGAUGAAUCCAGAAAUCAACAGAAAUGUCAUUAAUGUUUCCAAGGUUUUCCACCUUUUUUCUAAUUUUUGGAUCUUGAAUUUUAAAUGGCAUGAACAGCAGUAGUUCUUCGCCACAGGUAACUGGGAUAUUUGGCUAUUUAAAUACAUGAACUCGGUCUUUUAAAAGUAAUAGAGAGAAGGUGCUGUAAGAGACUAUAUAUAUAUAUAUACACACAUAUGUGUGUGUGUAUAUGUGUAUGUACAUAUAUAUGUAUAUAUAUAUGUAUGUAUUGUCAGAGCAGCCCUGACAAAUUGAUUUCCAAAAUAAAAACUAAAAUGAGGUGCUGUUUGUUAACCAUGCAUCUGUAUCACUUAUACUAUCUAGCAAACUGCAUGCUAGGGAUAGAUAUGGAUUACGUCAAGAAGUUUUAAGCCUUUUGUUUAUAGUCUAAAUCUGUUCUAUAAAAUCUCUUCCCAGUACUCCAGUCUUACUCGCAUAGUUGUGCCGUAUGACUGGAACCCAACAGGUUUCAAGCCUUUUUUGUUGGGCUCAGUUCUAAUUAAAAAUGACAUAUGGCUCAGAAGACCAGAUCCCUCUGUUUUUAUGGACAGUUGUGGUCCUAUAGUUGAGUUUCAAAAGUGAAUAAAUGAGGAUGUAUGUAACAGAGUGAAGGGAAAGAAAUGCUGGAUUUUCAAGAACAUGGGGGUCUAAGGAUGUACCUUUUGCAGUGGGGAAAAGUAAAGCUGAGCAAAUCAAGUUGUGUUGUUUUUUAAGUUACACCGGUACAUCAAAAUGACAGCAUCACUUUUGUAGAGUUCAGUGGUAUCUCCUGGGUUCGGUGUGGACUACAAGCAACCUGUGGAACAAAAGGAAGCUCCACCUUAGCCAGUUCUUGUUAACCCCUUUACAUUAUGCUCUCCCUUGAGAGAAGACUGAUUCAAGCAACCCUUUCCAAGCCUUGCCAUUUCCUUAGUACUGAGGGGAGAAGGGGCUUUUGAUAACUUUGAAAUAUGGUUAGCAGUAUUGAUAUGCAUCUUCUGAGCCCAAUUUUAUUCCAAUGACUUUGACUCUUCUUUUUUAUCUCUGAAGGAUGAAUAUGUGUGGUUUUGUUUUCUGGAUUGAUGUUGCUCUGUGUUCUGUUUUUCAAAAAAAAAAAAGGCAAAAAAAAAACCUGCUGUGGAUCCUCAGAGAUGAUUGUGAAGAGAGCUCUGCAUUUGAGCAUGUUAAUAAAAGAACUCAGCAGCAAAAUGGGCAAGGGACAGCAUCCUUGAGACUAAGAGAAACAGUUUGUCCUGUGCUGAUGCUCUGCUUGUGAUUUUUGUGAAGUCAGUGAAGAAGAGCUUCUCUUGGUCAGCAGCGUCCUGGCUUAGGAUAUUUCUGUUCGAUGUCCCAGCCCAGGCUUUUUGUAAUGUAUAAAAAAAAGAAUCCUGUCUCUUUUUUUUUUAAAUGCAUUCUCCCCUGAGAAAAAGGGGGGAAAAAACCCUUUGAAGUGACAUCCUUCAUACUUUGUUUUCAGCUAGUUGAUGUUGUAAUUUUUGUUCUUAAAUUGUAUUUGUAACCACCCUUGCCAAAAUAUAAAUUGUUUUGGGUUUUUUCACUCCACUUACCUAUUGUUGUUCUUGCGGUUAUUACUGCCGAUGGUCUUCAGUCAAGUCAAUCAUCUGUUGUACAGUCAGAGACCUUCCUGUUUGUUUUAAUACUCUACAGGACUGUGUCUGUACUAUAAAGAUAGAAGAGGAAAAUUUCACUAACCUCAUGGGAGACUUCCUGAAACCCAUUUAGCCUGAUUUUGGCUAAUAAUGGGUAUCUAGGGUUUCUUCCUCCAUUCACAGUAACAAAAAAAACAAAACAAAACAAAAAAAAAUCUAAUUCAGCAUAAUUAUGCUACCUCAAGGCUAAAAGUGCUUUAAGGGUAUUUCACCUGAGUUCUAAACAUCAGAAGUAUCUCAUUGGAUUAGUGAGAUUCCCCACCCAAAGUAAUUUAAAGGAGGGACCCCUUAUUUCGGCCCAUUUUAAACUAGUAUUUGACUCUGAAAAGAAAGAGUUGUUCUAUAGUAUUCAACCUUUAAAUGACCGUUUUUAAAGAGCCACCAUCUACCACAAACAAGCUUUGGGUUUUAAAAGGGAAAGAACUCACCAUCUCGGGUUUGCUUCAUCUUUGAUUAAUAAAUGCUGACAUGUUGUGUCAAA